AUGCAGGGCAGAGACGGUAUACGUAUCAGGAGGAGGCCAACGAGAAAGCCGUCCGAGUCGCGCGACGUUGGCCACGACGAGACUCUCGGAGAGAUCAAACGACUCGAAACACAGCUUAUCACGGCCAUUUCUGAUAAUGGGUCUCUCAACAAACUUGCCAACCUCGUCCAGCUCGCUCUGAACGCAUCGGACGCGAACCAUGUGCUCAAGGCGAUCUACGCGCUCUACCGCACAUUCGUGAUGCUAGUCACGAAGGGGAUGAUGAACAGUAAGGGUGAUAAGGAGACAGAGGAGACGCAAGCGGUGAGGGCAUGGUUGUCGGAGCAUAUGAACCAAUAUGUCGAGUUCCUUGGCGAAUUGCUGCAAGACGAAGAUGCCGUCCUGCGGACAUCGUCCCUCCAGAUCCUCUUCUCCUUGCAGAAGCACCUCUCUACCGCGUUCGCGACGUACUCUCCAAACCCAUCUACCUCGUCCAAGCCACAGCCACAAUUCCAUAUCUCUCACUUCCGGAAGAUCGUGUCUGCUCUUCUCACUUGUCCUUCAUCAUCCCGUUCUGCACCUUCAUCAUCGAGCAAAAAGCAAAAGCUCAGUCACCCGCGCGAAGGACUUCUCGAGGAAGACGUGCAUGACACCUUCCUGAACACAUGGCUCGAUGUACACGACGACAUUCGGUGGUUCUUCCUCCGCGAGGCUGGGUUCUCAGACGCACCCAACCUUCCUAUCAACCUCCUCUCACUUCUGGAGAAACUCUCUACGCUCCCUACCGACGCGAAGGAGCUCAACUCAUGGUGGGUCGAAGAACUCGGCGCGAAACCACCAUCCCCCAAGAACAAGAAGGCUCGAGAAGACAAGGGCGCAGAGGACGAUGACGACUGGCGCAAAUUUUUCGACGAACCGGCAGCCAACUCGAAGGAGCAGGAGAAGCGCAAAUCCGCACGCGUGCACACACUGACUUUGCACCAGUCGCUACACUCACUCGCGAGCCACCGGGCGGUGUUCACGCGCUGUUGGCUCGCGCUCCUACCGAAGCUCUCGUCACCGGCGACGCGGGAAAAUGAUGGGAAGCGGAAAGAGACAAAGAAGGGAGAGGCCGAGGCGAGAGGGUAUGCGUUGAGGGUAUUGAAUGUGCUUCAUCGAGGCGUGCUUCCGCAUUUGACGAGGCCGGUGUUGGUCAUGGAUUGGGUCGCGGGCAGUGUGGACUACGGUGGUACUGUUGGCUUGCUCGCGUUGAACGCGCUUUUCACGCUCAUGAAGGAGUACAACCUGGACUAUCCCGCGUUCUACACACGCCUCUACACCUUCCUCGACCGGGACGUCCUGCACCUCAGGCACCGCGCCCGCUUCUUCCGGCUUACCGAGACUUUCCUCAGCUCCACUCACCUCCCCGCCGCGCUCGUCGCCGCCUUCGCCAAGCGGCUCGCCCGACUCUCGCUGAAUGCCCCACCAGCAGCGGUGGUGAUGCUCAUCCCCUUCACAUACAAUCUCCUGAAGCUGCACCCUGCGUGCAUGGUCAUGAUUCACAAGCCCGUCGAGUCCGUCGGGUCAUUCGUCGAUCCGUACGACGAGAAAGAGGCGAACCCGCAACACACGCACGCACUCGAGUCGUCGCUGUGGGAGCUCCAUUCUCAUGUGAACCACUAUCACCCGGUGGUAGCGACGCUAGCAAGUGUGUUGGAAGAGGCGUUCACACGGCCGCAGUACGCGAUGGAGGAUUUCUUGGACCAUACGUAUGGCACCAUGUUCGAGACCGAGGCGAACAGACGCAUCAAGAAGGAACCUGUCGUGGAGGACGCGAGCCUCGCACCUCCGAACGUGAUUGAGGAGCUUUGGGCAUUUUAA